GCGUUAGCAAAUGGCGAAGGGAAACUCGUAUUUCCCCUUUUCUCAAUCUGUGAACCUCUUCUUCUGCAAGCCCUACCACAGAUAAAUCGGAAUACACUCCGACGAAGAACCCUAACUUUGCUCCAUAACCUCGCCGUCAUCUGAUUGCAUCUCGUGAUUCCAUUCGAAACUGCUACUAGACAGAGCCAGAAUUCAUGGCACAUAGGAUACUAAGAGAUGUUGAAGCUGAUGGUUGGGAACGCUCUGAUUUUCCAAUCAUAUGUGAAUCAUGUCUAGGUGACAAUCCAUACAUUCGAAUGACAAAAGCAGAUUACGACAAGGAGUGUAAGAUCUGCACAAGGCCAUUCACAGUCUUCAGGUGGAGACCUGGUCGUGAUGCUCGAUACAAGAAAACCGAGAUCUGCCAAACUUGCAGCAAAUUGAAAAACGUUUGUCAAGUCUGUCUUCUAGAUCUCGAAUAUGGUUUACCAGUUCAAGUUCGUGAUACUGCACUCAGUAUCACCUCCCAUGAUUCCAUUCCCAAAAGUGAUGUCAACAGGGAAUACUUCGCAGAAGAACAUGAUCGCAAGGCAAGAGCUGGUUUAGAUUAUGAAUCAUCAUACGGAAAAGCUCGCCCAAAUGAUACGAUCUUGAAGCUUCAAAGAACAACACCUUAUUACAAGAGAAAUCGAGCACAUGUUUGUAGUUUCUUCAUCAGAGGUGAGUGUACACGAGGUGCUGAAUGUCCUUAUCGCCAUGAAAUGCCAGAAACCGGUGAACUUUCACAGCAAAACAUCAAAGAUCGUUACUACGGAGUGAAUGAUCCGGUGGCUCUGAAACUUCUGAACAAAGCCGGUGAAAUGCCAUCUUUAGAACCACCGGAUGACGAGAGUAUUAGAACUUUAUACGUUGGAGGACUCGAUGAGAGAGUUUCAGAGCAGGAUCUUAGAGACCAAUUUUACACCCAUGGUGAAAUUGAGUCGGUGAAGAUGGUGGUUCAACGAGCUUGUGCUUUUGUGACGUACACCACCAGAGAAGGGGCGGAGAAAGCGGCGGAGGAGCUCUCGAAUAAACUGGUUGUUAAUGGGCUCAGGCUGAAAUUAAUGUGGGGUCGACCUCAAGUGCAGAGAGUAGAAGGUGAAAUGGCGUCAGAUGAAGGCAGACAGGUGGCGCACGGUGGUUUGUUACCCAGGGCGGUUGUUUCACAUCAGAAUAACCAGGUAAGUCCUUUGACUAGUCAAGACCAACCUCCUCUUCCACCGCCUCAUAUGCAAUAUUUUAAUAUUCCACCACCGGGGCACCAUGAGAGGACGUUUUAUCCGUCCAUGGAUCCUCAGAGGAUGGGAGCUGUUAUUCGUUCACAAGAAGCUGGUUCAGGUUCUGGUUCUGGUUCUGGUUCAAGUUCAGGUGAGAAUAGAAGUGGUGGUCCACAGUAUGCCGCCUACCCACCACCGCCACCGCCGCCUCAAGGUGGUGGUCAGUUUUAUCAGCAGUAUUAUCCACCACCACCGUAUGGAUAUAUGCCACAACCGCCUCCACCUCACCAACAAUACCCUCCACCAGCUUACAAUUCUACAAUGGGUCCACCGCCUACAGGCGAGCAAAGUUAUCAGCAGAAGCCACCACAACCACCGUCAGAAGCCACCCCUGCAGCAGGGUCAUCACAACAAUGACGGGGAAGACUCUUUUUGUUGCAAGAGAUGUCGUAGUUUUUGUUUUUGUUUUUGUUGGUGAAAGAAUUGAUGUGAUAGCAGAGAAAAAAAAGUAUGCCGAAUUUGCUUUCGCAAAUAUGUAACUUUUGUUUUAUGUUUACUUUGCUUUAAAGUAUUGGAUUCGAUCUAGUUUUAUUUC